AAAGUGUAUAUAUAUAUAACCCGCACGCCACUAGACUUUCAGUUGAUAACUUGAUAUCUUAUCUCUUGAUUUCUGUUCGUCUUCAAGUGUGGAUUUGAAAAGAAAAAAUAUGGAUUUCUUCGAGAGAUAACUAAUUUUUUUUUUUAGAUUUUUGAGUUCUUGAGCUUCUUUAUUUUGAAUUUUAAUACUAAGUUCUCUUUUUUCGGUGAGAAUUUCGAUUUUUCCGGUGAUAUCGCCGUUUGUUUCUUCAACUUCCCCAACCACAGUUUCGGGUUUUCCGGUGGUGUCGCCGUUUUUACCCGAAACUUCAGAAAACUGCAAUCUUUCGUGGAGGGAUGAAAUGGGUUUUCUUAAUAACAUCGUCUUAAACGUUUUUUUUUUUUUUUUAAUUUACCCAAAAAAUAUUUAAAUUUCUUAAUUAUUUGAAUGUAUUCUUUGUUAAGAUCCAUAUGGUCUUUUCUUCUUUGGAGUAGUUGGGUUAAUUUCCUCGUUUAAGACAUGUUUGUUGAAGUUAAUUAAUCUAAAUUACUAUUAAAUUUCUAACAUUUUCUUGUAUUUCGGUUUAGUUGUAUUUAAGAUUUUGAUACUUUAUUGGCUUAGAAUCUGAAUUCAUUCUGCUUCGUUUCCAUUUUAAUUAUCAGUUUACAAUCAUCGACUUUUGUUCAAUAAAAAGAAUAUAAAAACAGGGAGAAAAUGGCUCUUUCUUUCACUAGAUUUUCAUGGUGGUGGUCGGCAGAGAAAGAGAAAGAGCAAGUCUCCAAUGGGUCAUCGGUAAAUUCGUUAAAUUCUUUGUCUGAUUGGGGUUUAGGAUUGAGAGGAGAGCCCGAAGGGUUGAAGUUUCCAUCAGUGAAGGGGACUAAUAGUAGAAUGCCCUCUUGGAGUUCGAAUAGAAAACUGAAAAAGAAAUGGAAAAGUAGAGAGGAGAGGAGGAGGAUUGACAAGGAGUAUGAUGUGGUGGUGGUGCCAUCAGAUGGCGUUUGUUUAUCGGGGUCUGAAUCUGACGACUCAGACUGGUCCAUCGGGUGGCUGGAACCACACGCCCCCGGUUUCCAGAGUGAUGAUGAGGCAGAUGGCAGUUUUGCUGUGUUAGUCCCUUGUUAUAGACAUGAUUGCGAAGAAUUAGAGGGCGUAGACGAGGAGGGGAUGGGUAGUCAAUUCCUGAGUGCAAUUAGAAACCUUCCGAAUCAGUGCUCUGCUGAGGGAAAGAAGUUCAUGGAGCAAUGGCUUUCCUCUUACAACAAUUAUUGAAGCUACUACUAUUUACCGUCAAAUUCUAAAGUACAAGCUGCUGAGUCGAGAUCAAUAUUUGUCUACAUUGACAAGUACCUCUUUCAGUUAUCCAAAAGAGUAAAUACUUUGAUUUUGUGAAAAUCGAGAGGAAGACACAUAAUUGUUUCAGCUCAGCAUUGCAAUAUGUAAUUCUUGAUGUUAUCAAAGUUAAGCUUCGAUAUGUAACGACUGUUCAGUGUAAAUAUAGCCAUUGUGAAUAAAAUCCUGCUUCUUUUUGAAGCCUGUCUAUUCUCUUGGACAGAAAGAUUUGACUCC